AUGGCUUCUUUAUUCAUACCAUUCAAGCUCAUCUUCUUCUUCCUCUUCUUUGUAUCUUUUGAUGCUUUCUCUACUUCAUCCUUCAUAAACUCAACAGAAGCUGAUGCUCUUCUAAAUUGGAAAGCUAGCCUCCACAACACCACCCAAACUCUGCUCUCUUCUUUGUGGGUCGGAACCAACCAUUGCAACUGGGUCGGAAUCACAUGCCAUACGGCUGGAACUGGAAGCGUCGCCAGUCUAAGCCUCGCAAGCUAUGGUUUCAGAUUCAAAGGUACACUUGAAAAUCUCGACUUCCUUUCCUUUCCAAACUUGAAUGAGCUUCACCUUUGGAACAACUCACUGUACGGUUCCAUUCCCCCGCACAUUGGGAACCUUUCUCAACUCGCCAUUCUUGAUCUCGGUCAAAACAUGUUGUCUGGUUCAAUACCUCAAGAGCUAUGGAAGCUUAAACCUCUAACCCACCUUGUUUUGCAUGAUAAUGAUUUCUAUGGUUCAAUCUGUUCUUCCAUUGGAAACUUGACCAGGUUGUCUACUCUUGUUCUUUACAAGAAUAAAUUUUCCGGGUCGAUACCUAAAGAGGUAGGCAUGCUUAAAUAUCUCACUGUAUUUAGUCUGUAUAAUAAUAGUUUCCACGGCCCAUUUCCUCCAACCUUGAACAAUCUUACUAGUUUGCAAUAUUUUCAAGUGAGUUUUAACCAUUUCACCGGUCCAUUGCCGGAGAACAUAUGUGCCGGUGGAUCACUCACACAUUUAGGGGCAGUGGAUAAUAAACUGACAGGUCAGAUCCCAUCAACUUUGAGAGAUUGCAAAACCUUGUUUAGAGUUAGGCUUGAAAGAAACCAGUUGACUGGAAAUAUAUCAGAAGCUUUUGGUAUAUAUCCAAAUUUGAGUUUUGUUGCAUUAAGCAGUAACAGAUUUUAUGGUGAAUUUUCUCCCAACUGGGGGAAAUGCCAUAAUCUACUCAACCUACGAGUCUCUAAUAAUAACAUUACUGGAAAGAUACCAACUGAGCUUGGACAUGCAGCUCAGUUGCAAGAACUCGAUCUCUCUUGGAAUCAUCUGACCGGUGAGAUUCCCAAGGAACUUGGAGCAUUCGCAAAUAUGUCACGCCUUUUUCUUACUGGUAACCAAUUUUCCGGUAAAAUCCCAUCAGAGGUUGGACUUCUUUCAAAUCUAGAACAGCUUAACUUGGCAUCAAACAGUUUAAGUGGAUUUGUUCCUGAUCUUGGGAACUGUCAGAGGUUAUUCAACUUGAAUUUGAGCAAUAAUAAUCUCCAGGAGAGCAUUCCAUCUUCAAUGAGCUUGAUAAAACAUCUUCAAAGUCUAGAUCUGAGUCACAAUUCAUUUACUGGAGGUAUCCCCCAACAACUUGGCCAAUUGCAGUUCUUGGAAAUAUUGGACCUUUCUCACAAUAUGCUCAAUGGUUCCAUCCCAAAAGCUUUUGGUGAUUUGCAAAGCCUGACAAAUGUGAACAUAUCUUUCAAUCAUUUAGAAGGUCCUAUUCCAGACCUUAAGGCGUUUCAUAUGGCUUCAGCUGAUGCCUUAAGUAACAAUAAAGGCCUAUGUGGUAACGCUACAGAACUAGGCCUAUGUUCUCGAGCCAACCAUGGUCAUAAAAAGAAAACCAAAGUCAUCAUUUUGUUGCCUUGCCUUUUGUAA